CUAAGUAAAGCUGGAGGUCUCACUAGCUUAUUACUGUUUAGGUAGGUGAUGUGCGGCUCAAUUGGUGGGGGAUGCCUCAAAAAAAAAAGAUUGUGCUUAGUUAUUAAGCAAAGUACUGUACGAUAAAGAAGGUGUGUGAACAAGGUAAUUAUUAUAAAUUAUAUAUUAUAAAUUAUAGUCCUUGAUAUGGUUCAGAAUUACUUAGUCAGUACUAGAUAUACUUAAUAUACAUAAAUAUAAAUCAUGGUAUUACAAUUGAUAGAUUUUAAUUUUGAUAAUAUUUGUAAAUUAAUUGCAAUAAAUCGGGAAACUCCCCAGAAACUGAAAAAGAGACCAAAGACAAGUCAUAGUUAUAGAAAUGGACUUGCUAUUGAUAAUUUAAAAUAUACUGAAUAUUAUAAAUCUGCUAGAAUAAAUAAUGAAUUACAACCAAAAAAAUCUUUACAUGAAGAAUUAAUUACUUUAGCUGAACGAUCAUUUAAUUUUAAACAGGAAUGUCCUAUAAAUUUAUUAGAAGAUGAUGAAAAUUUAACUGGAAAUUUUUCAAAAUUACUGGAAAUUUCUUCAAAUGUAUAUGAAUUUAUUAUUGAUGAUAUUAAAUUAAGUUUUGAUAAUAAUCAUGGUUUAUUAUAUAUAAAAACUAAUAGUGUUAAUAUUUAUCCAAAUAUUUUAUUAUCAAUUAAUUGUAUUGAUUUUACUAAUACUGAAGUUUCAUUAUUUAAACAAGAAUUAACUUUAAUUAAUUAUAAUAUAACUAAAAGAGAAAGAAAUAGUAUAACAAUUAAUGAACCAACUUUAAAAUUAGUAUUUAAUAGAAAUACAAAUGAAAUUCAAGUCUCUGUAUAUUAUUCAAUUUUUUAUAGUAGUGGUCUGAUAGCUGGUAAUCAAGUUGAAAAGAUAAGUUCAAUGUUACUGCAAAGAUUACAAGAAUAUCCAAUUAUUAAUGAACAAAAAUCAUUUACACAAUUUAAUGAAUCUGAACCAGUUAGUGCUAAAUUAUUUUAUACAGCAAUAUCUGAAAGUACAGAAUUAAAACCAAAAAUUGAAGAUGAAUUUGAUAUACCAGAAUUAUCUACGAAUUUAAUUCGAUUUCAAAAGAAAGCAGUUAAUUGGUUAUUAGAAAAGGAAAAUGUUAUGUAUGAUUUUGAAUCUAAUCGAUGUAAACCAUUAGAUUUUAUUGAUUCUGAAACUUUAGAAUUAUUUAAUAAAUUAAAUCAUACAAAUGAAGAAUUACAAACUAUGGAUAAUAAAAUAUUAUUACUUUUAAAUCGUCUUUGUUUUGGUUAUAGAAGAGUACGACUUGAUGGUAAAAUUUAUUUCUUUAAUCGACUUAGUGCUCAUAUAUUAAGUAGAAAUGGUGCAUGUAAAUAUUUAUUGGAACAUAAAGAUCAACAAUUAUCAGCUCAAGCUUUAUUAUGUGAAGAAAUGGGUCUUGGGAAAACUGUAGAAAUGACAGCAUUAAUAUUAAUGAAUCAAAGAUCAACUAAUGAAGUAAAUGAUACUUUUGAACAUCAAAUAAAUCAAUUUGGUGAUAUUAAAUCUAUUGUUAAAGCAAAAACUACUUUAGUUAUUGCUCCUGAUUCAAUUUUAAAACAAUGGGUUGAAGAAAUUGUUCAUUUAGCUCCAAGUUUAGCAGUAACUACUUAUCAUGGAAUUGGGAAAUAUCCAAAAUUAGAUGAUAAUGCCGCAUUAAUUGCUGAAUAUUUAAGAAAAUUUGAUGUUGUAUUUACUACUUAUGCAACAAUAUCUAAAGAAUUAGAUUAUGCACUUUAUUCUUCUCGACCAAAACAUACUAGAAAUGCAAAAUUACAAAGAACUUCAUAUAGUAUGGAAGAAGAAGAAGAUAUUAAUCAAAAUUUAGAACAAGAAGUUGAUGAAAGUGCUCUUUUAAAUGAUUAUCAAUCUAAAUUUCAACUUACUUUAACUUCUAAGAAACCUAAAGUAGCCAAUAUGAAAUCAGGAAAUUCAAAAUAUGAAACUGAUUAUGAAAAGGCAUUACAAGAUGAAAUUAGUUUAGCUAUUCAAACCAAUAGAAUUCCUUCAAUUUAUAAAAAAGUUGAAUAUGAGUCACCAUUAAUGCUUAGUCAAUUUUGGAGAGUUAUACUUGAUGAAGUUCAAAUGGUAUCAUCUACUGUUUCAAGAGCAUUUCAAACUGCAGCAUUAAUUCCAAGAUUUCAUGCUUGGGGAGUUUCAGGUACUCCAAUUAAAAAGAAUUUAGAAGAUUUACAUUCAAUUCUUCAUUUCUUAAAAUAUCAACCAUUUUGUUUUGAUUAUGGUAAAAUUGCCUGGGAAAAUAUUACUAAAAAUAAUUCUAAUGUAGAUUUUAUUAAUUUAUGGACUUCAAUAAGUUUAAGACAUACAAAAUCUAUGGUUCAUGAUGAUAUUAAAUUACCCCCUCAAUCAAGAAUUUUAUUAACUAUACCUUUUACACCAGUUGAACAAGAUUUUUAUAAUCAAAAAUUUGAAGAAUGUUUAGCAACUAUUUGUUUAGAUAUUAAUGGAAAUCCAAUUUCUGAAGAUUGGGAACCUUCAGCUACAAUAAUGUUAUAUAUGAGAAAUUGGCUUGUUACAUUAAGACAAAUUUGUUGUAAUCCUCAAAUUGGAAGAUUAUCAAUUAGUUCAAAAAGGUAUAAAAGAAAUAAUGCUUAUAGUAGAUUAAUUAAUUCAAUUCAACAAUUAAAAACUUUAGAAAAUCUUUUAGAUGAUAUGUUAUCAAAAGCUUAUAAUGAAAUUAUUGAUAAUGAAAAAUUAUUAAUUCAACUUUAUUUAGAAGUUGGAGAAUUUUUUGAAUUUUGUUAUUUACCAGAACAAGCAUUACCAUUUUUAAAUAUUGGAGUAUGUCAAACUGAAAGAAUUAUUCAUCGUAGUAAAUUAAUUCUUCAAAAAUAUAUUAAAGAAUUUAAAGAAUAUAGAAGAAAAUUAGAUACUACGAUUAUAAAAGAUGAAGAUGAUGAAGAUGAAGAUGAUGAUGCUAUUGGUAGUAUUGAUGGAAAGAAUGAAAUUAAAUCUAAAUCUGAAAAUGAUGAAGUAUUAGAAAAAUUAGAAGAUAAGAUUAUAGCCUCAAGAAUGAGAGUAAGAGCUUGGACAACUACAUUACAUCGAUUUUAUUUCUUAAUUGCUAGUUCAUAUUUUCAAAGGUAUGAUAAGGAAUAUUCAGAAGUAAUGUCUUCAUAUAAAGUACCAGAAAAUCAAAUUCGAUUUAAUUUACUUGAUAAAUUUCAAACUUAUCAAGAAAGUCAAAGAUCAGAUGAAAUUGCAUCUUUAGUAAAUGGAGUUGAUUUAGAAUCACCUCUGAAUAAAUUUGAAAUUCAAAAUUAUGCUAAAGAUUUUAAAGUUGAACCUAUAUGGUCAGAAGAUGAAUGUAAAGAAGAAGAAAUUAAAUAUUUAGAACUGAAAUUUUAUGAACUUGCUGAAAGUACUCGAGGUGAACUUUUACAAGGAACUAUUUAUAAUGUAAACCUUUCUGUUGAAACAAGAAUUAAAUCAAGAGGUUGGUAUUUAGAUUUAGUUGAUGCUUAUUCUGAUAAGGGAGAUACUUUAUUACCUAAGAAUUCGAAAAAAUUCUUUUCUGCAAUUCCUUUAAUUGAUACUGAUGCAUUUGCUGAUCAUUCAAUUGUUAUGAAAGUUAAAAUCUUUUGUGAUAAAUUAUAUAAAAUAGUGGAUGAAUUAAAUAAACAAGCUAUUGAAAUAAAUAAUUGGAUGAAAGAUUUAAUAAGAAUAUUAUGUACUCCAGUUUUAACUCAAGAUAAAAGUCCUGCUGGUACAGAAUAUGAAGAAACUAUACAAGAUCAAGAUAAAGUUUCUAGUUAUUUAUUUGUUUUAGCUCAAGCUUUAAUUGAUAGAGGUGAAUAUGUUAAUGGAGCAGAAAAUUCAGCUAAAAUAAUUACUAUUAAAAGAGCUCAAGAGAAGAAAGAAAAUGAACUUGAAAUGUCCAAAAUAAAUGAUCAAGCUUUCUUAAUGGAUUUACAAAAGACAAGAAGUCAAAUAAAACCUAAGGGGAAAACUUCUUUACAAGAAUUGGUUCUAUUUUUUAAAGCUAUGGAAUCAGAAAUUCAAGAUGAUAAAGAAAUAAGGAAUGAUGUUCAAUUAUCUUUAUUAGAAGAUCUUGGUCAAAGACUUCGAAAUGUUUUUGAUAAUCAAAAACUUGCCCUUGUUUUACUUCAAAAGGAAUUAAGUGUGAAUUGUAAUGCUGUAUUUAAUAGUCGUAUUGAUUAUUAUAAACAAUUACAACAAAUUUCAGAUACAGUUCAAACAUCUGAUUUUGGUAUGAAUAGAACUAAAUUGGAUGUAACUAAAAUUAAUAUUCACCUUCAACAAAUUAAAUUACAACAUGAAGAAUUAAAAAUUCGAAUGGAUAAAUCAAUUGCAAAAUUCCGAUAUUUAAGAAGUUUAGUUGGAGUAUCUGAUGGAAAUGAAGAAGAGGCAAUGAUGUGUAUUAUUUGUCGUUCUACUAUAACUAUUGGAACUCUUACUCAAUGUGGUCAUAAAUAUUGUAAAGAUUGUUUGGAACAAUGGUUACGUAAUAGUCAUUCAUGUCCAAUGUGUAAAACUCCAAUUACUAUAAAAUCUGUCUAUAGUUUUACUCAUCAUAAACCAAACUUGAAAGCUAAUCAAGUUGAAGAUACGAAAAAUCAUAAUUCUAAUUUAUUUUCAAUUUAUAAACCUUUACCAAAGGAAGUUAUUGAAGAAAUUCAAGGAAUUAAAUUAAAAAAUUCAUAUAGUUCUAAAGUUAAUAUGAUAGUUAAACAAGUAUUAUAUUUAAGAAGUCAAAAUCCUGAUGUACAAAUUGUGGUAUACAGUCAAUGGCAAGAUAUGUUAUAUAUUUUAGGUACAGCUUUUAAAGCUGCUGAUAUUUCAUUUUUAGGUUCUUAUGGAACUUUAAGAACAGAUACAGGAGCUGGACGUAAAGUAAAAAUGUAUGAUUCAGUUGAGACAUUUAAAGAUCCUAAUAAUAGAAUUACUUGUUUUUUAUUGAAUGCUAAAGCUCAAGCUAGUGGAUUAACAUUAAUUAAUGCAACUCAUAUAUUCUUAUGUGAACCAUUAGUUAAUACUUCAUUGGAAUUGCAGGCAAUUUCAAGAAUUCAUAGAAUUGGUCAAACAAAACCAACUACAGUAUGGAUGUUUGCUAUUGAAAAUUCAGUAGAAGAAAGUAUAGUAGUUAUGUCUACUAAUAAGAGACUUCAAUAUAUGGAAGAACAAACUCCUGGACCUCCUCAAUUAAGAGAAAAUCUGAUUAAUGAUACUUCAGCAGCUUCUAUGAUAGCUAAAGCUAAUGAAAAAAGUUUAAGUAAAGCCGAAUCUUUAACUCUUAUGAAUAGUGCAGGAAAUGAUACAUUAGUUGCUAAAGGGGUUGGACAAGGAGAAUCAGUUACAAAUUUUGAUUUAUGGGCUGCAUUUUUUAGUGCCCGAACAAAAUCAUCAUCUACAGAUGUAUCAAAGGAAAACAAUAAUGGUAAAUAGAUUAAUUACAUAA